AUGGGGUCCCCAGAGUUUUCCCUUCUGUCGUCAUUGAGGGGAGAGUUGAAAUCAGAGGAUUUCAUUCAACCGCAUUACAAGGAGUCCUAUCGCCUGGCGAUUGAUUGCCUGGCCAGUGGCGGCAGAGACAGUUACCAGGAGUUCCUCAAGGGAGAACGUUUGGGGAGCUUCCUCUCAGAGGAAGAGCUUCUCUUCAUCACUGAAAACACAGAAAAUCUCCCACCUAAACACCAAGAAGAGGAAAUAAAUGGUGCACCAGACAACGAGUCAUCCUCAGGGACGUACUGGCCUGUCCACUCAGAUGUGUGCGCGCCAGACUUGGAGUUGGGUUGGCCCGAUGUCAUGCAAGAAAAACUACAGACAAAUAUAGAUCUGCUCUUUCAUCCACCAAGACAAAACAACCCCACCAUCAAAGAGGUGAUUCGGAAGCGUAUUCAAGAUGCAAGACAGGUCAUUGCCAUUGCGAUGGAUAUUUUCACUGACGUAGAUAUAUUCAAAGAAGCUGUUGAUGCCUCUAUAAGAGGAGUCCCAGUCUACGUGCUUUUGGAUGAUUCGCAUUUCAAAAGUUUCCUCGCAAUGGCUAAAAAUCAAGAUAUCAAAAUUCAACAACUCAGAAACAUGAGGGUGCGCACUGUGAAAGGUCAGGAUUACCUCUGUCGAUCAGGAGCUAAAUUUCAUGGAGCAAUGGAGCAGAAGUUUCUUUUAGUCGACUGCCUCACAGCGAUUUAUGGCUCAUACAGCUUCACAUGGUCUUUCGAGAAGAUUAAUCUGAGCAUGGUGCAGGUGAUCACAGGCCACCUGGUGAAGUCAUACGACGAGGAGUUUCGAACACUUUAUGCCCGCUCAACUGUGCCAGCUGAGCUCUGCCCUCCGGAAGGUCUGUUCCAACGCAAUGAGUCACAAGGACCACAGAUUUUGCCAAACACUCAGUCUGCCCAAAAAAUUGAUCGGAGGGACCAGUUGAGGCAUACGCUGGACACAGUCUAUCGGAAGACCUGUGAGAGGAAACUAGGCGCGAGAGACCUUGAGGGGAGGCUCUUGGAAGAGGAAUCUAAUGAGUUUAGGCCCUUUAUUGAGAAUGGGAUCGCUGCUCAGAAGCAGAUUCCCCAAUAUCAGUCUAAAGAGACGUUGGACUUCAUUAAAAGGCACAGCUAUGCUGGGGAGAGACAAGAAGGAUAUAUGCCACAGAACAUUAGGCCCAGAGCGAGCAACUGGAAUAUCUCGAGAGAAACAGGAAACGGAACAAACCACUACCCCAUGGACAAUUACUUACAGGUGCCACAGAUACAUAGGGGUCAAAACAUUCGUCAGUCUUACAAUGGCAACGACAAACAGAUUAAUUCCAUUCAGCAGAACAUGCCAACGCUAGAGAAAACAUCCAAGUCGUUCAUGCGAACAUUGAGGAUUGACUCUUACCUCAAACGCCCUGACGUCCCAUUUGGAGACUCUUGUGACUAUUUAGACCAGUUCGAACAACAGGACAAAGCUAACGCCUUCAGACAGGGAAGAAUGAGGUCUUCCCUUGCUUUUAGGGCCACCAUACCAGAGCAAAUGGAGCCAAACAGACACAUUAACAACUCCUCCACUUAUGUCAACUCCUUAGCAGCCCCAAACACUCCUUUACACUACUCAUCCAUGCAGUGGAAUCCAACUGCCGGUGAAAAUAGGACGAGUAAUGACGACUACAUGUUAAAUAGGCAAAGUUUGCAGAGUUUGGAUGACAAUCGGAACAACCCAAACUAUGGUCCAGGUAGAAACUCUUACCACUCUGUAUACGAUAGCUUAGGCAGAGCUGCAGGUGGACACAUGAUCACAAACCCGGAUAUAAUGUCAGACAAUUGGCACAAAAGGCAUAGCGUAGCAGAUCCAAGAUCAAACACUGAGUACAAGCAUGAAUCGUCAGGUCACAUGUAUGGAGCUUUCGCAAGGAUGCAAGUGAAUAGAAGCACAGCAGGGAUCAAUGCACAGGGUGGAGGACACGGGUCAAAUCUGAAAGAAGAUCAGAGAUCAGUUUCUCAUUAUGAUGUCAAGAGUGUUACAGGAACAAAGAGCCAUGGUACUCCCAUUUGGCAGGAGCCGCCAUCCAGGACUUUGCUCGCAGCAGCCCUGGAUGCUAAUACCAAGGAUUUGACAGCUAAAUCCAACAGCGCAAGCUCACAGCAUAGUUCCAAACAAAUAAAAUUCAAACAAAUAAAAUCGUUACUUCACAUAUCAGAGAAGAGAGAGGGUUCAGUAGGAACCAUUGAAACACAGAGUCUGAAGUCAAGUGGCAGCACAGACACCAUAACAGCUGAGGAUGAGGAGAGGCCAUCAUAUCGAGGAGGAAAUCUUCCCCAAAGCACAUCCAGCUCUGUCAGUUCCUCCUCUCAGCACCAUCAGAAGCAGAUUGAGGACAACAAUGUAACUUCUUCAAAACCUCGAUUCAGAACUGAGGAGCAUCAAAAUCCACUGCAAGUCUCUCUUCCUAAGCCUACCACACAUAAGAAACCCAGCGUCUUUGACAAAAGCGCAAGGCCCGUCCCUGAUUCGGCAAGCUGGAGCAAAGAUCGAGGCUCGGAGACUCGACUUUACAGCAGAUUUGAGCCGUUCUGCUCGUUUGAAAAGAAACGCACUGCACACAGCUUUGGAAACUCUCAGGAUAAAACCAAAAGCCCUCCUAGAGGUGAGGCAGCCAUUGAACACAACAUCAACCGGGCUUCAAGAGGGCACCAUGAAAAUAAGCUGGAGAAGUUUAUUCAACGAGUGGGAAACCUCCUACAUAAGAACAAGUAG